AUCGUUUUUCUCCUCCAAAGCAAAAUUUUAGUAUCAUAUCAUUUAGCUGUUGGAUAAACAUGUGAACACAAUAAAACCACACUAAAAACUUAAAAGUUUGUAUAAGGAAAAUUCGACUUUCAAAACAAAUCUAGCACUUUAGUGGCCCCGGUUUCCGUUACUACGGAACAGAAAAGUGAGCAGAUUUCUGAACAGCUUUUUUGUUACUUUAGAUAUCACACAAAAACUUGUAAUAACGCAUCCUGCUGACAGAAAUCCAGCAGGUGUGUUAAACAGCUUUAAAGUGAUGUUCGCGUUUACAUUGUGUUUCAGGACGCAAAAACACAGGAAUAUCCGUAUUCCUAGUCUGUGUCUGGAGGCCCUGCGUUUGACGCAGACAGUAAAGUCUACGAAACGUUCCUGUGCCUGUGUGACGCGACGCGUACACUGCAAGCGAUGGAAUCCCGACGUCGACCAAUCAGAGCGCUCGUAUUAUAAUAAGCAAAGCGCGACGCGUCUAUCUGAAGUGACAUCAGUACCCAGUCAACCAAUUAAAGACCUCGUUUACGCGACGCGGCACGUUCGCGUUUAUUUGCAGCAGAUGGGGUUUGACUCACUCACUAAAUGCGGUUUGGUGAAGAAACGUCGUCACGGCUGCAUUCGAGCUUCUCACACUAUCGUAAUCAUAAUUUCAACAGUCUCAGGACUACAUCUCUGCAAACUUCAUCUGCAAGUCUUGUUUGGAGAGCUUCUAGAAAGCUGCUAGAGAACAUCAACAACACCAUUUUUUUUAACAUAUCGUCUUCAAUAAUAAAUCUUAACUAGUGUGUGUGAAAUGAAAGUUCUCUAAAACGAAAGAUAUUUGCAUUUUUGAACAUCCAUGAAAUCUGUGCAGAUUUUGGCUUGAAAUCUGAAGAGCCGGGACAAUUGCUGGAGCCAUGCAGGUCUCUUGAACAGUUUCCAACAGUGAUCUGCCAACUUAUCCCACUUUUCCAGUGAAUGAUUUUUAGUUUCCCUGGACGUGUGGAGUAAAUGUCCCUAAAGCCAAUGGCAAUGUCACAUGCAGCUAAGCCCUUAAAAAGUUCAGAAAGCCUUUCUGCAUCACAGGAUGACCACCUUUCCAGUUUGAAGGCUUUGACUGAGAAGCUGAAACUGGAGACCAGCAAGCCGUCUUACCUGGACUGGAGAGCCCAGCUGGAGGCGAUGCUGGCCCAGAGCCACAGAGUCUCAGAUGCGUUAGCCGCACCGGGUGACACGGAGAAGCAAAAAACAUCAGGUCCUCUUAAGUGGACGAAGCCGUCACUGGGCGCUGGUGUGAUCCAUGAAGGGAGGCAACCAUCAGUGAACAGACUGGGAUUUGGAAGUAUAGACAGAGCGUUGGAGUGGCUCAGGAAAGAGCUGGCAGAGAUGCGUUUACAGGACCAGCAGCUCGCACGUCAGCUAAUGCACCUGCGCAGUGACAUUAACAAACAGAGAAUCGUGCAGACGUGUAACCAACAUCGCAAGAUGCUGAACGAUGCCACAUUUGAGCUGGAGGAGCGAGACGAUAUGUCAGAUUUAUGUGACGUCCCCAUGUCUCCUGGAUUAGGCCUCUCCUCGACACUCAAGGUCAUCGGGGUCACCAAGAUGAACAUCAACUCUCGGCGGUUUUCCCUGUGCUAACAGCAGGACACAGAGGACCGUGUUUUUAUCUUAAAGGGGUCAUGACAUGGAUUUUUUUUAUUAUUUUAAUAUGUUCCUUUUGGUUCACCUAUAAUGUUAUUUAUGUUAAAUAUGCAGAAAAAUUAUUAUUUUCAGCCUUCAUCUUCAGCCUCUGUCUGAAAGGCUCCUUUACAGGCCCGUGCACACCAAGAACGAUAACUAGAAAGAUAACGAUAAAUAUAUACUUCUAAAAAUCAUUCUAAAUAUAAAAGAAUAGCUAUAACGAUAACGUUAUAGAGAAACAAUAUCGUUGGGAUCACUUUCAGAAUAAUUUUUUUCCAGGCUGUUGAAUGAUAAAACACUGACACCCAGUCAGAAUCCAUUAUAAUUUAAAGGCUCGCGCAUGUAAAAUAGCAGAUGACACUGAGAGAAGUUAAUAGCUGAGGUCCAGAAAAAGCCACCACUGUUUGAUAAGUCAAACCCUCUUUUCAAGGAUACUUUAAUGAAAAUGGAUAUAUGGGAAACAAUCAGUCAUACACACGGAAUAAAUGGUGAGAAGUAUUAACGAUGAGAUCAUUAUGCCAGUUUAGCAAACAGUGUAACAUAAAAUUACCUCAGGUGUCCAGCACUAGUUUUGUCAACAUUGUCUUGCUUCCUUUAAAGUUGCUGUGGAAAAGAUAAGGCUUUGUUUUUAUUCCACUAUAUUGACUUUGUCAGUGAAAUUCACUGUUAGAUUAGAUCAAUUACAUUAUCUAUUCACUCGAAACAUAGCAUGCUGAGGACAUCUGCUGGUUAAAGCCAUGUAAAUGCAACAAGAACAGCAAAAACAUGUUGUUCACACUUUGAAACUGCAGCAUGUGAGCUUAGAAUGAACAGUUAUCGUUCGUUGGUGUGAACACAAAUACAGUUAUUGAUAUAGUUAUCUUUAUAGGUAUCGUUCUUGGUGUAAACGGGCCUUUAGGCUUGUCAGCAAACUCCCACUGUUAUAAUUGGCUAACGUCAUUGCAUAGGAAACAGUAUCAACACCCACUCGCUACUGCAUGAUCUCAGUGAGUGUUAUAUAUAUAUAAUUCUCUGAUAACAUAUAAUUCUCUGAUGCAUUCUGGGACACCAUUAAAAAUAAACCAUUUAAUUGCUCCUGAUGCUGGUAUCCUUCUGAAGUCUGUACAGAAAAGAGCAAAUGAGCUGUUUAAACUGGACUCGUCAAAGCAAACGUUCCUUUACGCUUCAGUUUACUCUUCCAUUUGUCCUCUUGUCGGCGGACUCAAGCACGUGGAAUACGUCAGAAAGUAAACGGCCGUCUGUAUACUGUAUCCAGUGUAGACAGCGUCAGUGAUUAUGUUGGUUUCUGUUUGCUUUUGAUGCGAUGCGGUGCUCACAUCCGGUGUAUGUCACGAAUGAACGCCAGUGGGCGGGGCCUAUGGUGAGAUGAUGCACCCGAGAUGACUAACAUGCAUUAGUGGUUCGGGACCGCCAUUAAAAAAAGAGACACCUAAUCAUGACUAAAUGCCAGUGGGAGGGCCCUAUGGUGAUGAUGCAAAACUAUUUGUUGCUGUCUUGCUCUGGAGGUCACAUGCAAACAUAUUUGCCCGUGUGACGUCACAGAUCCCACAAUAUCCAAAAAAGCCAUUUUUUGCAGCUUGAUUAAAUAAAUGCUUUGUUUAUAAUGAGGAUGCAGCUAUGAAACUUGCAGGAUGUUUUAAUGGUAAAAAGACCUCUUAUAUAUCAAGAGAUCAAAGCAAAUUUGGUUUCUCAUGUCAUGACCCUACAAUUGAAUGAUUGUGAGUGUUUUUAUAGAUUAUAGAGCAUUAUUAGGAUAAUGGUAUUUUCAAAAUGUCUCUGACCUUGUGCUUUCAUUGCCUUAAGCAAACAUGAAAAGACGUUGAUUUCAAGUCGACUUUAAUCUUAACAAUCAUGUGUACAGUCAGUGUAAUUUGUGUUUGAUAUUAUGACAUACGCCUAUCAUUUUGGGGGAAAACUGAUUUUAAAGCUAUACAAAACAGAAAAUCAUAUCAAAAUUUAGUGAGUUGAUGCUUAAAACAAGAAAUAUAUAUAUAAAAAACAAUUAAAGGGAAAACAAGAUUAUUUUUCUUGUUAAAAUAUUUUUUUUAUUUUAAGCAUAAACUCUUAAAUUUUAAUACAUUUUUCAGAAAACAAGACUUAAUAUAAUAUCAUGUCAGU